UGGAAGCGGGAAUCCGAACAAGUCACCAAAGCCCCACAACACCAGAAAAUCAAUAUCCCUAUGUCAUUCUUCCCUCUAUUUUUCCUUCUGCACAAUUUCCCAAUUCAUUUUGUUCUCAGAAUUUCACACAAAAAUGAAAACUUGAGGGAAUCUAGAAUUUGAGCUGAUUAUUCAGAACAGAAACCGGAAGAUCUUUCUUUCAACAUUGCAGUUUUGUCGUCUCAAACCUGUAGAUGGCAGAUGGAAGCCCGCAGUACACUGUUGACGAGGCUCUUGUGGCCAUGGGGUUUGGAAAGUUCCAAAUUCUUGUGCUUGCUUAUGCCGGCAUGGGUUGGGUCUCAGAAGCCAUGGAGAUGAUGCUACUCUCCUUUGUUGGACCAGCGGUUCAGUCUGCUUGGGAUCUUUCGUCUGAACAAGAAAGCUUAAUAACCAGUGUGGUUUUUGCUGGAACGCUUGUCGGAUCAUACUCGUGGGGCAUAGUUUCUGACAAAUAUGGACGUAGGAAAGGAUUCCUCAUUACAGCCAUAGUUACCUCUGGAGCUGGUUUUCUGAGUGCUCUUUCCCCCAAUUAUACAUCCUUGCUCGUCCUUCGUUGCAUAGUUGGUGUUGGUUUGGGAGGUGGCCCUGUACUCUCAUCCUGGUUUCUGGAGUUCAUUCCUGCUCCUAACAGAGGCACCUGGAUGGUUAUUUUUUCAGCUUUUUGGACCGUUGGAACAAUUCUUGAGGCUUCACUUGCGUGGCUUGUCAUGCCAAACUUGGGUUGGAGGUGGCUACUUGCCUUGUCUUCACUCCCUUCAUCGCUUCUUCUCGUAUUCUAUUGGGUUGCACCUGAAUCACCGAGAUAUUUGUGCUUAACAGGUAGAACAACUGAGGCAAUCAAUAUUUUGGAGAAAGUAGCAAGAAUGAAUGGAACGAAACUCCCUUUGGGGAAUCUUGUUUCUGAUUUGAAAAUUGAGUUACCUGAAAAUAGUACUCCAUCAGAAGCUACACGUUUGAUCUCACCGACAGAUAAAGAAGAUCUAACUCCUAAGGAGAUGGAUUCUAAUGUGGGGGGCAUCUCUUCACUGUUAACGCUUCUUUCCCCAAAAUUAAUCAGAUCAACCCUGCUCUUAUGGGUAGUAUUCUUUGGGAAUGCUUUUUCAUAUUACGGCCUGGUGCUUCUGACAACUGAGUUGAGCAGUGGACACAGUACAUGUACACCGAGUCCAAUACAGUCAGAUAAAGCGAUGAAUACUAGCUAUAGAGAUGUUUUCAUCACUAGUUUUGCAGAGUUCCCUGGGCUCCUCAUAUCUGCUGCUACGGUCGAUAAACUGGGUCGUAAGCUUUCAAUGUCAUCCAUGUUCUUCCUAUGCUGCAUUUUUCCUCCCCUGGUAGUCCAUCAGUCUCAGGGCUUGACCACUAUCCUUCUGUUUGGAGCUCGCAUAUGCAUCACAGGGUCCUUCACGAUAGUCUUCAUAUACGCCCCAGAGAUAUACCCAACCUCAGUCCGAACAACUGGUGUUGGAAUCGCAAGUGCAAUGGGAAGAAUUGGUGGAAUGGUAUGCCCUCUUGUGGCAGUAGGUUUGGUGCAUGGAUGCCAUCAAACAGCUUCCAUUCUGCUGUUUGAGAUUAUAAUUUUUCUUUCGGGGAUAUGCGUGUUGCUCUUCCCGUUUGAAACCAAGGGCCUUGAAUUGAGCGACUACUAUAUUGGAUUCAAAGACUCAAAGGCAGUAAAUGCAUUUCUAAGAACAAACCGCAUACAGCAAAUGUUUUACAGUGUCGAUUUGAUAGACACGAAAGAAGAAAUUAGGCAAGGAUUCUUUCAUUCCCAAAUGCAGCUUGUGAAUAUUUAGCAGCAGCAGUUGUAACUUUUUCUUUCCUUGAAGCAAACUGUGUUCCUUAAAAAUCUUAAAGUGAGAUAUUGCAUUUCUAAUUUAAAAA